AGCGUACCGCGCAGGCGCGCCAGGAUUCCUCUGGCCAUCAUGGCGUCCCGUGAUGUUAUCGGGCCGGCGCUGCCUCCGCAGUUAGCUGAUUCCGAGGCCGCUUCGGUGGACUCCGGGUCGGUUGCAGGACCAGCAUUGCCUCCUGGCUUCAAGGAAAACUCUGAAAAUGAGGAGAAACGUGUGUCUGCUCAGACGUCCAGAGAGACAGAUUCUGAUUCCGAAGAGGAGGAAGGUUCAAGUCCAGUUCCCAGGAAACUGAGAAGAUCUCAGGAAGAGGAUGAUGAUGGGUUUUUUGGGCCUGCUCUUCCUCCAGGAUUUAAAAAGCCAGAGGAAUCACCGGAAAGACCUAUUAUAGGUCCUGCUUUGCCACCAGGCUUUAAGAAACCGUCAGAAGAUGCUGAAGAAAAACGAGGUAACAAAAGCCAGGCGAGCGAUAAUGAGGAAGAGGGAGAUAUAUUUGGCCCUAUGCCAGCCAAGGGAUCGGUGGACUCCAACCCAGGUGCUGAGAUUGAGGAUCGGGCUCGAAGAAUGAAGGAGAAACUUCUGGGAGAUGCUGAUGACGAAUCCAAACAAGCUAAAAGAGAAUCUUGGAUGACCGAUCUUCCCCCAGAACUCAAAAACUUUGGUUUCGGUCCACGGACAUUCAAAAGAAGAGCCAAUGAUAAUUCUGGGGACAGAUCCAUUUGGACGGAUACUCCAGCUGAUAGAGAAAAGAAAGCUAAGGAACAGCAGGAAGCAAAAAAGCCCGUCUCGAAGGACAAGGCAGAAGAAGCCUUCCCCUCCGAGAGAGACAAAAAGCUGGCUGAGCAGAUAUCCUCGUACAAUGACUCUCAGAGAUCUGAAUCUCUGCUGGACAUACACCGGAAGAAGCUAAAGAGUAAAACUGACGGAGAAAAGAAUCAACCUCAGGAGAGAAGGCCCUUUGACCGAGAUCAAGACCUUCAAGUCCACCAGAUUGACGAAGCCCGAAAGAAAGCCCUCAUCAAACAGUCCAGAGACUUGAACACCAGGUUUUCCCAUGGCAAAUGCAACACGUUUUUAUAAUGGAUGCCCACCGAAAUGGCAAGCGUGCUAAAUAAAACAUGUCCUUUGGACAUACAAACACAUACGUGAAAAAAAUUACGUUCCUUUAAAUUGAAGUUCUACCACAUUCUGUUGCAUGGAUGACUGGAUUUUGGUUGCACGAGUCCAGCUGUUGGUGGCAGGGAGGAAUCUAACAGUGGGAUGAGUAGAAUUUCAUUCCUAUAAUUUCCUCCCCUUCCCCUGCCCCAGUGGUGGGUUGCUCCUGGUUCAGCCCGGUUCGGGCGAGCCGGUAGUGGUGAUGAUGUGAUGUCAAUGAACUGGUUCUCUUUGACUGUGAGCUGGGCCCUCUCGCCCUCCCCUGCGUUAUACCUACCUUUAUUUGUCAUUUUUUAGCCCAGCUGAUAGGCAUGGCAGAGUAGAUUGCUGCGCCUCAGCUGGGCAGAAAUCUAAUGCACUUCCACGGAGUGCAAGUUCAGCGCGUGUGCGAGCAAAGCCAGCAUGCGUGUGGUGAUCGCGUGCAAAGCGCAUGUGCGAAGAGAACCAGUGAUAACACCGGUUGGAACCCACCACUGCCUUGCACAAACGUAGAAAUAAUUGCUGUGCCUCUUCUUGGUGAUCUUCACUGCAUAGUUUCCUUCCCCAAGAAUGGCGAAAGGGGAGUUGUGAAGACUCCACCUGCUCUUGGGAAGAUUUCCUUUUACAUUGUUCUGAAAAGGAAUCGGCCCAUUUAAAAUAUUUUAAGUUUUAAAUACCCGUAGGUCUACUACUCCGUAAACGGAAUUUUUAAAAGAAUACAUUUCUUCAGCUCAGAUUACCUUGGGAUUUCAAAUGUCACAAUGGUAGGCGUGUAACUCGACAUUUGGAGUCGAGAGAGAAAGAGAGAGAGAGAAAUCAGAUGGCUGCUGCAAAUACUUGGGGAUCUGAUCAUAAUUUAUCACUUACAGGAAAGAUUAUUAACCUUACCUGUACAUUUGACAGGGUUAUGAAUAAAGCAUAACCAUCUCUGUUAAAAUUGUCCCAAACUUUCCCCCCAUACCCCUGCUCUCUCCCUCCUGCUUUUUCCAAGUUGAUGGACAGGAGCCAUUGAUAAACUGCAUUGGAAUUCAUUAAAAAAGGGUUUUAAUUCCGAAGAGUUUCCCUCAAGAUUUCUCUGAAAUCUCUGUUGGAAUAUAUUCCUUAUUUAAUAGAUUUCUAAAAGCGUAUCCUAUUGCAAAGCAUCUUGAAGCGGUUUCCAAUAGAAACCACACUAGCGUCCAUAAUAAACAGUGCAUUAAAUGAAGUAAAACAUUAAAGCCAAAUAUAUUCAUUAAAAAGGGGAAGGGAACAGGUGGAAUGGGCAGACAUUGUUUCCAUUUCCUUACCAGGAUAUUCUAGGUCUCCAAACUUAGCAACUUUAAGACUUGUGGAGUUUAACUCCCAGAAUUCCCCAGCCAGCCGGGGGAUGUCCUAAGUGGAAAGAUUGUAAGGAGAUCCCUGUCCUAAGUGGAAAGAUUGUAAGGUAGCAAAAGAGGAGCCACCUUGCUUUCAUGACAGUAGCCAAAACAGCCAUUGACUAAGAAAGGUUAUUUGAGAUGAUGGCCAAAGAUAACAUGGAUUUUAACCCCUGGAACUUAAAUCCUGUAUUGAUUGUGAUCUUCGCACGCUGUACUCUCCUGGCAAAAAUCUGUAUAUAUAGCUUCAUUCUUGUCUGCAAUAAAGAUCUUCAGUUUUG